AUGCCAGAUCCAUCUGUGAUACACUUCCUUGGGAGCGUAAUUGUAGCAGCGGCGUUCGACUCAGUAUUAUUCGGUGUUGUCACGGUGCAGACCGCAACUUACAUACAGAGGUUCAGACACGAUUCCUGGGUCUACCGAUUUCUGGUUGGAAUUAACUUGGUAUUUAUCUUUGAUGUCACCCCCUCACAUCGCUCCUCAGCAGAUUUCAGGAUCGCCCUGCCAGCUGCAAUAUUCCGUUCCAUCCAUCAAGGAUUCUCUCUGAAUGAGAGGAUACCAUUUGGCUGGGGUUUUUAUGCACCAGGUAUAAGCACUGCCUUCAUACCAUUCCUGUUACAUUCGUAUUUCAUUCGCCUCAUCCAUCUCGUUGGACAAAAACGCGUCCUCACCAUCCUCAUCUCCAUCCCCGUAAUCGCUGAAUUCGGUUGUGGCGUACAAGUGGCUCAAGUCCUGCUUCGAAUGCCACCCACCGUCCUUGGACAACCAGGAACUGGAGUGCGACCGUAUUGGGGUAUAUUCUUGUAUAUUUCCCUAAUGGUAGUCUGCGACAUUUCAACCACAGCCACGUUGUGGAUUGUUCUGAUUCGUCAAAAAGUUGGCGUCAGAAAAGCAGAUGGACCGUUGGUGUCUCUGGCCUCUGGGGCCGCUCUUACUGGGAUGAUCACGUCUCUAGUAUCCUGUGCUCCACUUGCUGGUAGUAUCGUCGCACGCAUGGACGUGGUAAAUAUCAUUGGGAUUAUGAUUGGCUCCAUAUACGCUGUCGCAUUAAUGAUCAAUGUGCACCUACGUUCUCGACUUCGUGCAACCUCGGCCAUACUGGGCCCAAGAUCCAUUUCCGUGGUUGUGACGAGGGAAGUAGCACAAGAGUUACAGUCUGAGGGGAAACAUGAACGAACUUUGCGGAUUCGAAUGACCCAGCUUGAUGCGGAGUACCCAGCGACUGAAUCACCCAUAUAUCACCUAGACAACCCCGCUUUCGAAGUUUGA